CAAAACGUCUUCACCUUUUCAACUCUUCAUCUUCUUUCUCUUCUCAUUCGAAAUAACAUCUACCAAGUUAAAUAAACAAAUAGAGAUAAUAAAAUAUAUCAAAACACAAAGAGAGAAAAAUGAGUGAUGUUCGAGUAAACGCAGAUCAACAAGAAGAAGGAGAACAACAACAAAACCUGGUCAAAGCACCGGUCAAGCGAUCCCUCGGCCUCCUCAUCACCACUUACGGCUGCCUCUUCGUCGGCUCCAUCGCCUCGAGCCUCCUCGCGAAAUACUACUUCGUCCACGGUGGCUCGAGCCGGUGGGUCUCCACGUGGGUCCAAUCCGCCGGAUUCCCACUCCUCCUCGGGCUUAUCUACUUCCCUCGCUUCGUCUUCAAAACAACUAAGCGCCGUCCCUUCACGCGCUUCACACACCGCCAUCUCCUCUUCUCCGUCGUAAUCGGACUCAUCCUCGGUUUCAACAACUUCCUCUUCUCAUGGGGUACCUCGUACCUCCCAGUGUCCACAUCAUCACUUCUCCUCUCGACACAACUCAUCUUCACUCUGAUCUUGUCCGUGAUCAUAGUGAAACAGAAAGUCACUUUCUCAAAUCUCAAUUGUGUUGUUCUCUUAACGUUAAGCUCUGUUUUAUUAGCUCUCGGUUCGAGCCAAGAUAAACCGGCCGGUUUAACUAAAACCAAAUAUUUCAUCGGGUUUUUAUCCACGAUCGGAGCCGGUUUACUCUUCGCGCUCUACCUGCCCGUGACGGAGAGGGUCUACAGGUCCGUUUAUUGCUACGCGAUGGUCAUGGAGAUGCAACUGGUUAUGGAAUUUUCUGCCACGGUUUUCGCCACAAUCGGUAUGGCUUUGGUGUACGGCGAUGCGUUCGGCGGCGUGAAGAUUGUGUCGACGGUGCUAUGUAUUUGGGGAUUCUCGUCUUAUAUUAUCUUGAAAGCCUCAGGACAACAACUGAAUAAAUCCAAGUCUUCAGUUAUGUUCAGUUCUAAGGUUGUAGCGUUCUCAAAAACUGACCUGAAAAGGUCACUGGCCAUUAAUCAAGAAGGUGGAAUGGGCAUGUACAUCGAACUACCGGAAAAGAUAUGUUGCUCUAAGAAACAGGUGUUUAGCUUCGUCCAAGAGCGCCUCUCGGAUCGUACAAACUCAUGGUCGACGAAGCUCUUAUCAAAAGGCGGCAUAGAGGUUCAGAUUAAAGCCGUAGCCCAGGCAGUACCUUCCUACACUAUGUCUUGUUAUCUACUUCCAAAAGGAAUAACAAAAAAUCUGACGAGCACUGUCGCACGAUUUUGGUGGAGUACUAAAUUCAAUAAUAGAGAACUUCAUUGGGUUGCUUGGGAUAAAAUCUGUGUACCAAUGGAAAUGGGUGGACUGGGUUUCCGUGAUUUUCACGAGUUUAACAUUGCCUUACUAGCAAAACAGCUGUGGAAAUUGCUAAAGUACCCACAUUCACUCUUAGCUCGAGUACUCAAAGGAAGAUACUACAAACACUCUACUUCAAUGCAAGUUGAAAAAGCAAACAACCCGUCCUAUGGAUGGCGAAGUAUAGUAGCAUCGAAAGAAGUUCUCCGGAAGGGUCUCAGGAAAAAGAUUGGGAAUUGA